AGAAAAGGUAUGCAAAGUUAGAACCGGAAGUCCUUUUUUUUCUGGCUCACGCUGUUGAGGAAACCUGCAGUUCACAGGCACUUUAGCUAUUUCCUCCUGGAGUCUGAAGUAUACCAGAGAUGAAAAAACAAGACGCUGAUGAGUCUGCCACCCAGGGCGGUGAGGACUCUCCACCUACAGCAGGAGGGAUGGAGUCGCCUGCAGCUGCAAAAGACAGUUCGGACAGCAACAGCCCCAAAGAGUCUGAACCACAGACACCACAGACAGACACACCCCCGCAAGGCGAAGAGGCAGCAAGUGAAGUUGCAGAAGCAUCACUGUCUCAGUGUGACAUGGCUGAGGAGCUAAGCCGGCAGCUAGAGGACAUCCUCAGCACCUACUGCCGGGAAACCAUUUCAGACGACUCUAGCACCCUGCCCAAUGGCCAGUCACACAGGCUAGAGCUCAAUGGUCUGACCAAUGAGAGGGAAGACGACAAGCCAGAGGAGGGCAAAGUCAAUGGAGGUGACAAUGGGGUGGAGAAGGAGCAGAAAAAGACUCAGGAGAAGAAGAAGGUGAAGGGUCUGGGUAAGGAGAUCACCCUCCUGAUGCAGACUCUGAACACACUGAGCACACCAGAGGAAAAGCUUGCAGGCCUCUGUAAGAAGUAUGCUGAACUGCUGGAAGAGCACCGGAACACCCAGAAGCAGAUGAGAGUGCUGCAGAAGAAGCAGAGCCAGCUGGUCCAGGAGAAAGACAACCUGAGGAACGAACACAGCAAGGCCAUCCUGGCUCGCAGCAAGCUGGAGAGCCUCUGCAGGGAGCUGCAAAGACACAACCGCACACUCAAGGAGGAAGGGAUGCAAAGAACGCGUCUGGAGGAGGAGAAAAGGAAGGAGGUGACCUCUCAUUUCCAGGUGACACUAAACGACAUCCAGACUCAGAUGGAGCAGCACAAUGAAAGAAACGCCAGCCUCCGGCAGGAGAACACUGAGCUGGCUGAGAAACUGAAGAAGCUGUAUGAACAGUACAAACUACGGGAAGAGCAUAUAGACAAAGUGGUGAAGCACAAAGACCUGCAGCAACAGCUGGUGGACGCCAAGCUGCACCAGGCCCAGGAGCUGCUGAAGGAAUCGGAGGAACGCCACGACAGAGAGAAAGACUUUCUGCUGAAAGAAGCUGUGGAGUCUCAAAGGAUGUGUGAGCUGAUGAAGCAGCAGGAAGUUCACCUCAAACAGCAGCUGUCACUGUACACAGAGAAGUUUGAAGAGUUCCAGACCACUUUGUCCAAGAGCAAUGAAGUCUUCACCACUUUCAAACAGGAGAUGGAGAAGAUGACUAAAAAGAUCAAAAAGCUGGAGAAGGAGACAGCCAUGUAUCGCUCCAGGUGGGAGAGCAGCAACAAGGCUCUUCUGGAGAUGGCAGAGGAGAAAGCUGUGCGGGACCGGGAGUUCGAGGCACUUCAGGGUAAAGUCCAGCGGCUGGAGAAGCUGCGGCGGGCGCUCAAAGUCGAACGGAACGAGCUCAACAAGAAGGUCCAGAACCUCAGCGGUCAGCAAAGUGGCACCACAAGAGCCCCGACAUCUGACCCAGGGACUGACUCCCCCUCUCCCCCACCUACAGACUCUCUGCUGGAGCCCAGCACCUGUCCUGUCCCAGACACCACCCCCUGCUCCCACCCCUGCCACUGUGACCCAGAACUGGAAACAGACCCCCUGCUAGUAAAGGCAAACACUCAGCCCGUCACCGCGCAGGAAUGAAGCGACGCUGCUCACAGGUCUCCUCUCUCCCCUCCAGCAUCAAGCCACCAAAAGAUAUGCCACCAGCCUGCAAGCCACUAAAUCCUCUGCUGGAAGAAGCUGACUUUAUACACUGGUCCAGGAGCAGAUCAGAAAGUCACACAUUUUUUAUAUUUUUAGGCAGAGUAUCUGAUCAGCAUUUAAUGGAAGGAUUAACUUGUUUCCUCCCAAGUCAACACAUUUACAUGCACAUCAUAAGGCGGUUACUGUGAAUAACUUGGUUAAGAUAAUAGUUUGAUUAAAGCAUUUACAUGCUAUAAACCAAUUUCCCACUAUAAUCAGAUUUUCAUGAUUAUUCUGUUAGUCAGGUUAAUUUCCACUCUGUUUGGCAGCCUACAGGAAACAUCUUACCAGCCACACAAAGAAAGAAAGACCAAGGUAUUUUUUAGCGAUUCCUUUUUUGAAUUGAUAAAUGAUUUUAUUUACUAGUUAGAUAAUGAAAGCCAUUUGCUGACGCCCUGAAAAAAAAAGGUCCCAGACUUCCAUUCCCAGAUAUCAUACUUACAAUGUAUGAAUAUGACAGUAAUUUAGGAGAUUGAUAAGUUAUCCAGAUCUGUUACUCGUGCCCCAUCCUAACCCUUAUCUUGACUAAGACAACACAGUUUUCAUGGUGGAUUAUUAGUGUGUAUGUAAAUGUACUGACUGCCUCUGCGUUAAGCUGUUUUACUACCUACAUUCCCUUAUGACUUGCAUCACACAUGCAACUGCUUGACAAGAUAAAUAACAGUGCAGUUUGGGAUGACACAAGCCUAACAGGUAUAUGGCAAGAGGAGUCAUCAGAGGUUGAAUGAUUUGAAUGUGUGUUUGUGUUUGUGUGGUUGUUACCACUCAGUUUGUCUCAUUUGCAUCAUGAACGACGAUGCGUUUGGAAGGGGUUUGAUUCAUAGCUUGCAGUACUCUAAAGGCCACUUUUAGUAACUUCAUGUUUUUCUUUCAGGUGAAGUCGUAACAGAGAUGUCAAACAAAUCACAUCUUAACAACGCUUUACAGUAUCUGUUUUCUCCAGAGUUUUCGGUUCUUGCUUGUAGACCAUUUUAGGGAAAAGUUCUUUUGUUCUCUUCUGUGUCACACUGCUCCCUUUGCAGGGUUUGAUUUUGUGGUCUGUAUUUAUUGUUUCAAGCAUAGUCUCUGAUAUUGAAAUUUAUCUAUAUUACAGAGCACCACUGUAAAAAUAAAUGUUUGUUUUUUUAUUAAUUUAGACAGUUUAUAAAGGUACAUUUAUCACCAACUUUUCAUUCCUUAACUUUCUGGGUUCAGUUGCCCUUAAUUUUGUCUUUUCGUGUUUUUCAGCCUGCUUAUAACCUUGUAAUGACGACCAUUUAAACCUUGUUAAACUCCCAUCUUUCUGUUUUGGUUGGGUGGGUUGGGGAGAAUUACAUGGCUAUGUGGCUAAGAUUGUAUCCUCCCAGCCCUGGUAAUUGCAGUAGCUUUUAAUCAGGUUUUAACAAGAGAAUGUUCAAGAACCUCUAUGCAAUGCUUGCCUCUUGGUUUUAUUUUGUGGCAGUCUGAACUGACGAGCACUUAACUGAGAAUGUACAUUCAUUAUAUCCACUGUCCCACAUGGAUAUACUGUGUAAACAGACAACAUAUCUCACAGCGGAACCUUUUUUUUUUUUUGCUUAAGUUUGAACCCUGUUUGUUGAGCUACUCUCAGUUGUUGUUUGACAAUGAGCGUAAUAUUUUGCAUCUUCCUGAUGCUUUUAAAAAUGAGAGAAAUCAUUAAUGGACUUCUGAGUUGUAGUUUCACUCCAAAAUAUAUCCAUUUCUCUUCAGACACUCACAUAUUACUUAAUAUGUAGCAUCUAUAACAAGGUGACAACUGAUAUUUCAAACUUAAAUAGAAAUGGCAAACCUAAUUUCUUCCAUUGUCCCACAGGACAGAUUCAUUGUAUCUCCAGUCCCGUGUCGGAGAUGGAGGUUCAUUGACCAUCAGAAGGAACCAAAGAUGUUUCCUUUUUUUGUCUUUUGCAGUACUUUUAUCUGGCUGUGUAUAUUUUGUUUCCUGUUAAAUAAAAGAUGUAACAGUG